UUACCCGCAUUUGGCAUACGUACUCGUCAACCUGCCCUCGCGAAGGAACCCUUCUUCCCGUGCAGCAAACGCAAACGCGAAGCAACGAAUCGAAUCAGACCUCGCACUCGCAGGGGGGAAAAGGCGAAGAAAAAAUCGCCCUCCACCUCGUCGGCAUCGGCGCCACCGACCUCGAACCCUUGCCCCAGUCCGAUCGACCACCGGAGAUGCACCACGGAAGCGGAGACUACGCCUCCUCCGGCCUCCCCGCCCACUACUACCCGCACCAGUAUGCGCCGCCGGCCCCGGCCCCGAAUCCCCACCCCGCCGCGGCCGCCACCGACGCUCCGAUGCCGGGGGCGGGGAGCUACGCCUCCGCGCCGCCCUACUCCGUCGGCGGCUACCCGGACCAGACGCCCUCCGCCCCGUCCUACUCGCAGCCGCCGCCCCAGUACGGCUCUGGGUACCCGCCCUACAACAACCCUACGCCCUACCCGCCGGAGCCGUACUACACCUACCCGCCGCCCACUCAGCCGGCAGCUCCGCCGGCUGCGGAGCCCAACCCUCCGCCGCUGCCCUACGACGCCCCGUACUAUGGGGGCGUGUACCAGCCGCGGGCCGCGGGGUACGACAACGACGAUUACCUGAACGAGGGCGCGUACGCGUACAGCGGCGGCGGUGCCGGCACGGAGCCCUAUGGGGCGCGUGGCACGGCGCCGGCGCGGUCGGGAUCCGCGCUGUUUGAUGACUACGGGCGGUCGAUUAGUCUCCCGUCUGGAGGGGAGCAGCAGUCGUGGAGCGCUGGUGGUGGCGGUAGGGGUGGGAGCUUUGGGAAGAUUGCGAGGGCGGUUCCAAAAGCUGAGACGCAUGAGGAUGCGAGUGGUGGUGCACAGAAGUUUCGGGUUAAGCUGCUGCCAGAGGGCGCUGGGAACCCUACUGAUGUGCUUUGUCAGAUUGGUCUGGAUGGAAUUCGCAUGCUUGAUCCUAGCUCAAGCAGGACACUAAGGAUUUAUCCCCUCGAUUCACUGACGAGAUGGGAGGUUUUGGAUUCAAAUAUAUUUGCAUUUUGGGCGAAAACUUCGGUUGAUAUUGAAGCAAAGAGAAUUAGGCUGAAGUCAAACAGUUAUACUUCCAAUACUAUGCUUGACAUUGUGACAGCAGCAACAGUGCAGUUUAAGGAGAUUGGUGGAGAUGCAAGAGACAAAGGAACGGUGGACUCUGGCAAACCUUCGGUACAAUCAAAUGAGAAGAAGAAAGGUUUUGAUUGGAUGUUUACAAAACCUGUUGAUGAAGUGAAAGACCAUUGGGUUCCAGAUGAGGUUGCCAAGAAUUGCCACUCGUGUGGUGUUGAUUUUAGUCCAUUUAAUCGCAGGCAUCAUUGUAGGAACUGUGGUGAAAUCUUCUGUGACAAAUGCAGUCAAGGAAGAAUUGCUCUGACAGCUGAGGAUAAUGCUCCACUUGUCCGAGUUUGUGAUCGAUGCAUGGCAGAGGUCACUCAAAGGCUUAGCAUUGCAAAGGAAGCUGCCAACAGAUCUGUCACUGUGCAAAGUCAUGAAGAUCUUGCAAGAAAACUUAAGGAGGAAAUGGAGAGAAAUCGCAAGUCCUCAGGUCCGGCAUCUGGAGGUGGAUCUGGUACCAGAAUGAGGGAAGUCGCAUGCCCUACCUGCACUGUCCAUCUUCAGGUUCAGGUUCCAACAUCUGGUUCGGAAACAGUGGAAUGUGGAGUGUGCCAGCACGCAUUCCUUGUCAGCGCCAAUUGAUACACCGGGAGACGCAGCAUGUUAUAGAAAUUACUCUGUUGGUAACUCAUUUCUUUUGGUUCUAUACAUGAAAAGUGUGCGUUUAGCCUGUACAUCUUUCCUUGAUUGUGUUGGUGAUCACGAUGGGAUAUAUAUUUUUUCUUUCGUGUA